UGAAGGACCGGGCUUAGGUUCGCUAAGCAUGCUGCUGGUGCGUGCCGCCUCGGCUCUGUGCCGGCGAGGGAGGCAGGUUAAUUGGAAGGCCUGCCGAUGGUGUUCAUCAGGGAUAAUUCCUAAUGAAAAAAUCCGAAACAUCGGAAUCUCCGCUCACAUUGACUCUGGGAAGACCACGUUAACAGAGCGGGUGCUGUACUAUACUGGCAGGAUUGCAAAGAUGCAUGAGGUGAAAGGUAAAGAUGGAGUUGGUGCAGUCAUGGAUUCCAUGGAACUAGAGAGACAGCGAGGAAUCACGAUUCAGUCAGCAGCUACAUAUACCAUGUGGAAAGAUGUCAACAUCAACAUCAUAGAUACUCCUGGCCAUGUGGACUUCACGAUAGAGGUCGAAAGGGCUCUGAGAGUGCUGGAUGGCGCCAUCCUUGUUCUCUGUGCCGUCGGAGGGGUACAGUGCCAGACCUUGACUGUCCAUCGUCAGAUGAAACGCUACAGUGUUCCUUUUUUAACUUUCAUUAACAAACUGGACCGGAUGGGCUCCAACCCGGCCAGGGCCCUGCAGCAAAUGAGGUCUAAACUAAGUCAUAAUGCAGCAUUUGUGCAAAUACCCAUUGGUUUGGAGGGUAAUUUUCGAGGAAUUAUAGAUCUCAUUGAGGAACGCGCCAUCUUUUUUGAUGGAGACUUUGGUCAGACUGUUCGAUAUGGUGAAAUUCCUGCUGAAUUGAGGGUUGCUGCAGCAGACCACCGACAGGAGCUGAUUGAAUGUGUUGCCAACUCAGAUGAGCAGCUUGGGGAGCUGUUCCUAGAGGAGAAAGUCCCCUCCAUCUCUGACUUAAAGCUUGCAAUCCGAAGGGCUACUCUAAAUAGAUCAUUUACUCCUGUUUUCUUGGGAAGUGCCUUAAAGAACAAAGGAGUCCAACCUCUUCUAGAUGCGGUUCUAGAAUAUCUCCCAGAUCCAUCGGAGGUCCCGAAUUAUGCUGUUCUCAAUCAGGAGAAUGACUCAAAAGAGAAAACCAAAAUCUUAAUGAACUCCCAAAGGGAUAACUCCCACCCAUUUGUAGGCCUGGCUUUUAAACUUGAGGCGGGUCGAUUUGGACAGUUAACUUACGUCCGCAAUUACCAGGGGUUGCUACAGAAGGGUGACACCAUCUACAACACGAGAACCAGAAAGAGAGUGCGAGUGCAGCGGCUAGUGCGCAUGCACGCUGACAUGAUGGAGGAUGUUGAGGAAGUGUAUGCUGGAGACAUCUUUGCCUUGUUUGGCAUUGACUGUGCUAGUGGAGACACGUUCACAACCAAAGAGAACAGUGACCUUUCUAUGGAGUCAAUUCAUGUUCCUGAUCCUGUCAUUUCAAUAGCAAUGAAGCCUUCUAACAAGAAUGAUCUGGAAAAAUUUUCAAAAGGUAUUGGCAGGUUUACAAGAGAAGAUCCCACAUUUAAAGUGCACUUUGAUAAUGAGAGCAAAGAGACUAUUGUAUCUGGAAUGGGAGAAUUACACCUGGAAAUCUAUGCUCAGAGAAUGGAAAGAGAAUAUGGCUGCCCUUGUAUCACAGGAAAGCCAAAAGUUGCCUUUCGAGAGACCAUUACUGCCCCUGUCCCGUUCGAGUUUACCCAUAAGAGGCAAUCAGGCGGUGCAGGCCAGUUUGGAAAAGUGAUAGGUGUGCUGGAGCCUCUAGACCCAGAGAACUACACCAAGUUGGAGUUUUCAGAUGAAACGUUUGGGUCAAAUGUUCCAAAGCAGUUUGUGCCUGCUGUAGAAAAGGGGUUUUUGGAUGCCUGUGAGAAGGGCCCUCUUUCUGGUCACAAGCUCUCUGGGCUCCGGUUUGUUCUGCAGGAUGGAGCACACCACAUGGUCGAUUCCAACGAAAUCUCUUUCAUCAGAGCUGGAGAAGGUGCUCUGAAACAAGCCUUGGCAAAUGCAACAUUGUGUAUUCUUGAACCUGUUAUGUCUGUGGAAGUCAUAGCCCCAAAUGAAUUUCAGGGACCAGUAAUUGCAGGAAUUAACCGGCGGCAUGGAGUAAUCACAGGGCAAGACGGAAUUGAGGACUAUUUUACACUGUAUGCGGAUGUCCCUCUGAAUGAUAUGUUUGGUUAUUCCACUGAACUUAGGUCUUGCACAGAGGGAAAAGGAGAAUACACCAUGGAAUAUUGCAGAUACCAGCCAUGUUUACCUUCCACACAGGAAGACCUCAUUAAUAAGCACUUGGAAGCAACAGGUCAACUUCCUGUAAAAAAAGGAAAAGCCAAGAACUGACUUUCCUUGUUGUGAGUUUAGUAACUUUAAGUGAAUAUGCAAGACUUAGAUAUGAUGAAUUCCAGCAGAGUGAAAUCAGGUUGUUGAAACAAGUUUUAGAAGCACUUCCUAUUUUACAUUCAGGAGCUUCUAUUACAUAUAUUCUAAGAUAAUUCUAUGUAUGUCUCAACUCUGUUGGUUGGUUUUGUAGUUCAUUGAAAAAUCAAAUAAAAUAUUCCUGAAAUAUACUUAAUAUUUAUUUAAGGGAGAAAGGGAUUAAUUUCAAUUAUGCUCCUAAACUUAGAAUAGGUGUAUAAACCUCCUUUCCAUAUUUGCUUUUUCAUGAGAAUUUUCAACAUAUGGAAAAGUUGGAAUUGGAACAGCCAUGUACCUUCCAUCUAGAUUCGGCAAUGGGCAAUGGACACUUUUGUUAACAGUUUGUUUGUCAAACAAUAAUUUUAUUGUCUGUGUCUCCUACAUUGAAUUUUUAAGUUAUUUUGCUGAAGACUUGCAAGUGAAUUUUGUACAUUAUAAUGUUUGAUAAUGUCAUUAAUGGGCAGGCCAUCCUGUUUAAGAGGGCAUGUCAUAUGUCCCUGCUAGGGAACAGCUGAUUCAUAUAUGGCUGAUUGCUUCAGUUUAUGGAUUCUGCACAUUUGUAACUGCCUCUGUUUUAGGAGUACAUAUGUUACUUGCAGUCCUCUCUGAAGUAAAAUAGACCUUCACAUGUGCUGUUCUGGAUUGUGUUCGCCUAAAUGUUUCUGUAGCCCUAAAUAAUAAAGUAUGAUUUACAGAA